UCAUUGCCGAGACAGGACAAAGAACAGAUGUAGAGCGAGAGGGGAUCGAAAUACAACCCCCUUGUUCUGACGACCACCGGGCCGAACAAGCUAUUGUCAAGAAUCUUUUAGAGAAGUGGCUGUAUAUGUUUGCCCAGCUCGUCGCCAAAAUACAUCAUGUCGAUGCGAGCGGGAAACGCUUGAGUUCCCAAGAGCAGUACCAGAAGAAGAAGAUGCAAGUAUUCAUGCUGACUCGCUACGAGGCUGCUCGAAUAUGGAUCGAGAUGGCAUUUGACGGAGACACGCCGAGAGCCAGAGACAGGUUCCUUCCUAAUUUUCAAAGGGUGCUUAAGCAACUUGAAUGGCUCCAGUCUCAGAUGCCAACGGGUGUUCGGACUGCCACCGGAAAGCAGUCGCCGCAGUUCAUGUUUGAAAUGGGAUUCACCGCCAUCAUCUUCUACUUUGUGUCUGCAUGUCCUUACCCCGAAAUGAGGCUCAAAUUCCUAAGAUUGAUGCAACUCUUUGGACUUCCGAAAGAGAACCUCUGGGAUCGAGACGUUCUGAUGGCCGCAGGAAGAAAGAUUAUCGAAGAUGAGAAUGGUAUCAAGUUGGAAGGCUGUGAGCGGUCGCUAACGUCGCCCUCGAGUCCCGGCCCUCUCAUUGAUCUUGCGACGCCAGGAUCAUCGACAUCCACACAACCGACCACACACCCAUCAGGUUUUUCCUUGCCACCAGCGGAUUUUAACAAUCUCGCUGAUGAUUCGUCCACAUUUGUCUUUAACAAGACAUUGCAAUCACAUCCCUGGUGCUCUAUGCCGUGGAGCAUUCAGAUAGGUCCACGAGAAACUUCGAAAAUGAAUCAAUAAACACAAAUGUAAUGCGAUGGGAUACAUCGAGACUCCUUGUCUAUCGUACCUACCUAUAACAUUGUUUCAUAACGAAUCUCAUGCGGUGAUUCCCAAGUUUAUUCCAAGAGUAAAACAGAAAAGAUAAUAGCCU